CAUAAUACAGAAUCAGUUUCUAUUUAAAUUCCACAGAAAAUCUUCAAAUCUCACAUUAAUAUCCACCAGAUGAAAAAUCCUUAUUCUUUCUCCUUAUGUAACCACUGCAUAAUUAUUUCCACCCUCUUCAUCUCCCCACACAUCAGCCGUUACUAACACUCUCCCCACUAUAUAAAUCCCACACAAGUUUUCUCCAAAAACCAUCCACACUAAGCAAAAAAACUCACCUUGUUUUCUGCUAAAGAUAAUGGCUUUCUCUAGCAUACCCUUUGUUUUGACUGUUCUUGUGAUUACUGCAAAUGCAUCUGUUGCUGAUUCUAGAGCACUCUCCGACCCAUCUACCCCUCUAAGCCUUGCUCUUAGGUUGAAGGUGGAGGGUGAACCCUCGAACUGUUGGGAAUCACUGUGGCGUAUGCAAGCAUGUAGUGGAGAAAUCAUAACGUUUUUCCUCAAUGGUGAGACCUACCUAGGGCGAAGUUGCUGUGAAGCUAUUAGGGUUAUUGGACAUGAUUGCUGGCCUAACGUUGUUGGUUCUCUAGGGUUUACCUCUGAAGAAACUGAUGUUUUGGAGGGAUAUUGUGAUGAGGCUGUUCAUUCACCACCACCACCACCAUUAUCAGUAGAUCCUUGAAGGGGUUUGAAAGUAUAUGUGUCAAAUUUAACUGAAUAACAAUGUCAUUAGACAUUCAUGAAUCAAUAAUAAAAUUCUAUGUUUGUUCCUUUUCUAAUAUAUCAUCUGAUUGUG